UUAAUGCUUAUGGGAAAAUAUCCAAAGUUCGUUUUGCUAAUUCUCCCCAAACCUUUGAUAAUAAAAAGUUAUUAUUCGCUACAGGAACUUGGGAUGAAGAAAAGAAUAAUACUUUAAUGCUAUGGGGUUCAAAGGAAAUUCCACUUAGUUUAAAUAAUAAUCAUGAAUCAUCAUUUGAGCUUUAUCCGGUGGCUAAAUUAGAACAAGAAGAUUCGGAUUUUAGAAUAGAGAAUUAUCAAAUCGAGCAGAUUAUUUCUCACCGAUUUCAUCAUUUUUCAGAAAAUAAAAGUGCACCUGCCACAGGAAUUGCAAUAAAACCUAAUAGUGGAAAUGACCCCGAGAUUGUUAGUGUUGGUGAAGAUGGUCGCCUUGUACUUUUUAAUCUUUCAAACUUAAUGCAAUAUUCAGCAGAUGUUUCUGGUAUCAAAACGGUAGCAUGGCCUAUGUCUCGUCCCAGAGAUACAUUUAAUUGUUUAGCAGUUAAUUCAUCUCAAGUUAAUCAAAUUGCAGCUGGUAGUUCUGAUGGAUUUGUUACAAUAUGGGACAUCAAAAAUUUAGAAGAACCUAUAAGAAGAGCUCGCCCACAUGACACUCAUGUUAAUGAAUUGAUAUUUCAUCCACAUCGCCCCGGAUUUCUUUUUAGUUGUUCUGAAGAUGGAACAAUAGGAAUUAUGGAUUUUGGUGGAUCAAUAGGAGGUAUUGGUAGGAGUGAGAUGUAUAGUGAAAACGGUUUGAUUCGUAGAUAUUGUCAUGAGGGUAAUGAUAUUGCUAUUAAUUCAAUUGAUUAUAACCCUCUGAAUAAAUUGUUAAUUGGUGGAGGUGAUAGUCGAAAUUUGUUAUGGACUCAAUUUGAAUAA